AACAGACUCCGUGAAUCUAACCUGGUUGGGACCAGGUUUUCCUGAAGAAACCCUGAGUUUCUCUCUGUCUCCGCCCACUUUCAGAGCCACAUACUUAAUUUGAUUUCCUCAUUCCUGCGCUGUCAGAACGUCCUCUAGUUCCAGAAGGCAACGUUUGGUGUCAACUUUUUGAACAUGGCGUGUCCUUUUGAUCACGAUCCUGUGGACGAAGGUGCAGCAAUCCUGCGCAGGGAAUUACAUAUCUGUCGGCAGAGAGUACUCAGACCACGCAUAGAUAUUUCAGCCCUCCCGGACAAUUUUCUUUUUAAGCGGUACCGUUUUACUUCACAGUCUAUAAUUUACAUACACAACCUCAUCCGUCCGCACAUUUCAAACAUCACGAGUCGCAGUCAUGCGCUCACAUCGCAGCAGAUUUUGUGUGUGGCGCUGCGUUUUUUUGCCAAUGGCAGUUUUCUGUAUAACAUCGGAGAUGCUGAGCACUUGAGUAAGGCAACUGUAUGCAGGGCCAUCAGAAGAGUCUGCCUCGCCCUGAAAAGAUUUUUACCUAUAUUUGUUGUCUUCCCUGGACACAAACCUGUCAGGGCCAUUAAGGAAGAGUUCCACAGGAUCGCAGGAUUUCCCAAUGUGAUUGGCUGCAUAGAUGGUACGCACAUUCCCAUCACGGCUCCCUCACAUAAUGAGGCUGAUUAUGUGAAUAGGAAGUCCAUUCACAGCAUUAAUGUGCAGAUGAUAUGUGAUGCUGCACACAUAAUCUCCAAUGUGGAGGCCAAGUGGCCUGGGUCUGUUCAUGACUCAAGGAUAUACCGCGAGUCAAACCUGAGUGCCAGGCUGCAGCACGGAGAGUUUGACGGCCUUCUGCUGGGUGACAGGGGUUACCCCUGCCAACCAAGGCUGCUGACCCCUUACCCAGACCCUGAGCCAGGCCCCCAACAAAACUUCAACCGUGCUCACAGCAGGACGAGAGCCCGGGUGGAGAUGACCAUAGGCCUGCUGAAAGCCCGUUUCCAGUGCCUACGUCACCUCAGGGUGACCCCUGAGGGGGCCUGCGAUAUUAUUGUGGUAUGUGUUGUUCUUCAAAAUAUCGCCACUAUUAGAGGAGAGCAACACCCCGCCCUACAGAUUGAUGACCCCGAUGAAGACCCCGUCCACCUGCCAGCUAUGCAGGAUGGCCGAGCGGUCAGAGACACGAUUUGUACUAAUCACUUUUGAGUUUAAAGCACCACCACAAAUAAAAACAUGAGGCACAUUUCAGUUGGUCUUCUUUAUUUCCUACAAAUACAAAAGCUAGUUAAGUUAAUGUUCCAAUAGUUAACAUUGACAUAAUUGACAUGUGACCAUGCACCCACCUUUAAUUUAUGUUCCAGUAUUUGGAUUUCCAAAUCUGCUUUUUUAAUCUGGCGGUCGAGGUAUAGCAUUUCUUUAUCGGUCUUCUGGAUUUUUUUUAGGAGGUGAAUUUUAUAAAUUUCUUUUACUGGUAACUGGGAAUACAUAAAGAGGACAUAAAAUUAAC